AUGCAAAAUAUAAAAGGAAGUAGAACCGAUCAAAAGACAAAAGCGGAAAAGGAAUAUAAAAAAGAACUGGAAGAACAAAUGACGAAAGAAGAAUUAAAAGUCGUCGAUCGUUGUGCAUUAUCACCUUUAGAAAGGCAAAAAGUAAAAGAUUCGUGGUUAGCAGUACCGAAAGAAUAUAAAAUACCUACAAUUGAUAAUCCUCCAUUACCUAAAAAGUCGCCCUACGGUUUAUCCAUACCGGCUUUAAAAGCCAAAUGUAGUCCGCACACGGAAAAAUUAGCCGUUGCAAAAGUUCAACUUCCGAAAGUUCACUACGUGACAAAAGCGGAAAAAGAGUAUAAAAAAGAACUGGAAGAACAAAUGACGAAAGAAGAAUUAAAAUGGUUAUAUAAAAAAACGAUACCAAUUCCUCCGAGUGUCGUUUCGAAAGCUGCACUCAAAGCUAAAAUAACUCCAAGAAUAGAAACUAUGGCACUUGCUAGACUAACUAUAUUAAACGAAACGAAAAGGCGAUAUUUUUCACGUUUAAACACGAAUCAAAAAAAUGCAAUUAAUCGUUACAUAAAAGAACAUUACGACACGUUCAAAGCAAAUUAUCCUCCAGAAUCGGAUACCAUAUACGUCCUCAACGGUGGAUCUUUGGUCCACGCUUCGUGCACGGGUAAAACUCAACAAAAGGGUGGAAAACGAGUUCGUUGCAUAUGCGAAUUAAAUAAAAAUCAAAGGAAAACAUUCCGUAAGAGAAUGAAACAAAUGGGAGCACCGAAAAAACCGAUUGUUCCAGAUAAAGGACCGGAUCGGGGACCUAAGAAAAAGAUAAAAGAUUUCGAACCGUGGUUAACUCUAAUGUCACAACCUAAAUAUCCAGGUGAAAGAAGUGAUGAACACAAAAUUCUCUCUUAUUCUCAACGCAGCAUCCCUUACAAUUCAAAUUACAUAGGAUUAUAUUAUAGGAAAUAA